AUGUCAAACACAGCCUAUGUUUCUGGUAAGAAGUCAGGGAUAAUACUUGAAACUCCAUGCUACUUGGGAGAGAUUCUUGACAUCAAACACGAGAAAAGGAUCAUCGAUGAUAGACUAAAAGAGCUUGAAUAUCACAAUGCUAACGAAGAAGCAGUUAAAAUGGCCAUGAAAGAUUUGGGUACGCAAAGGGUGAGUCAUUGUGGAUGGCCAAAUACAUAUGUUUUUACCAAGGCAUUAGGGGAAAUGGUUCUUCAACAAUUUAAAGGAGACAUUCCGUUGGUUAUUUUCCGUCCAACAAUCAUCAGUAGUACCUACAAAGAGCCCUUCCCGGGUGGGUCGAAGGUAUUAGGACCAUCGAUAGCUUUAUUGUUGGCUAUGGAAAAGGCAGGUACUAAAGUUGUGAAUGUAAUACUCUGCCAAGCGUUUGCGGGUACAUGCAAGAAUAUUGAACGAAAGAUCAACUUGGUACUACGGCUAGUGAAGCUUUACCAACCAUAUUUGUUCUCGACAAGUUUGUACGAUGAUAUAAAUACUGAAAAGUUGCGUAACAUGGUGAGGGAGAGUAAACAUGAUGAUGUUGCCUUCUACUUCGACCCAAAGAUAAUUGAUUGGGAAGACUACUUCCUGCAUACACACAUUCCUGGAGUGGUAAGAUAUGAAUUCAAAUGAUCAAGAGCUCACAUAGACGGGUAUAGAUCAUGCAUGUUCCUAUCUUUUCAAUUACAUUAAUAAGUAAUAACUAUUGUUUGUAUGAAUAAUCAUUGUAUCAAUUCUAUCAAGUUGAAAAACAUUAUUAAGUCACUUGGUUGAUGCAUAAAACUGUUGUUGCAUUCUAUAA